AUGCAGUCCAUCAUCACCAUCGUCACCCUGAUUAGCGCCGCCUUCGCCGGCGUGAUCCCCCGAGACGAAGACAAGGGACCCGUCAACAUCCCCGUCGACAGCGUUGACAACCCAAAGGGAGACACCGUACAGGCUAUUACGCACUUGUACAUCUGCUCCGACGCCAACUUCUCCGGCCGCUGCCAGAACUUGGAGUCGAACACUGGUCAAUGCUAUGACUUGGGCAACGGCUUUAACGAUGUUGUUUCGUCGCUUGGCCCUGAUGCGGGAACUUCUUGCACUAUCUGGGAACACGCUGGAUGCACAGGAGCCUCCAUCGUCAACAUUGUUAACCCUGGCAUCUACAACCUCGCCGAUUCCAACUGGAACUUCAACGACAAGAGCGAACGAAAGAUGGCACUAAGUUUGCCGGGUGUCGAGUUGCAGCACAAUAUGAAUCCAUGA